GAUGCAAUCAUUUGCGACAACUCUGACGACGUUGAGAUUCUCCUUCGGCAGGGCGUUAGUUCCUUUUUUUUGUUACUACAAGCUUUUUUUCCCACACUGCAGAUUGAUCUCAACCAGGUCGUGAACAGAGACGGUGAUUCCCUCCUUCUGCAGGCCGCCAUGCAUGGCUCCGAUCGGUCACUGCGCAUCAUCCUCAUUUAUGGUGGGGCAGUUAAUUCCGCUGACAGAUAUGGUAACACAGCGCUCCACUGGGCAGCAGUUACAGGCAAUAUGAAUUGCGUCCACUACCUUCUGGACUAUGGAAUCGACUUGGAUACAUUCAAUUGCACCAAUGUCACGCCCCUCAUGUUGGCCCUCUCCUUCGGGCACAUUGAAGUCGCGAAUCAUCUGCUCUAUCACGGAGCCUCCACAACACCAGAAUUAAACAACUAUGACGAAUCAGCCCUCACAUUUGCAUUAAAUACGAAUAACAAUGCCAUAGUGGAGCUCAUUUUGGCUGCGGAGGUUCCUCCAGAACAUCGGAUUAGGGAGUUGUACGUUUCUCUCGGACAGGCUGCGUUUAGUGGAUGCAUGGCCACGGUUCAACUCUUGUUAUCUCAUGGCGCACCUGUAGACUUCUCAAACGCCUUAAUUGAAAGUCCUCUUCACGCAGCUAUUCGUGGCGACAACGAGGAAAUUGUCGAAUUCCUUCUUUCUAAGGGGGCAAAUAUUAACGCUCUUAACCCCGACGGCUACACACCACUUAUGGAGGCUACGAGGAGACGCAAUGUGAAUGCUGUCUAUGCUCUCAUAAAUGCGGGAGCUGACAUAAUGGCCCUGAAUGAUGCGAAUGGAAAGACAGCUUACACUCUGGCCGAAGAAGGGAAAUACUUUGAAAUCUCCGAUAUGCUACUAGAAGCUUUAAACUGUCGAUAUUUGUAG